AUGGCCUCUUCAUUGAACCGAUCGUUGCUUCGUUCGGCGGUGCUGGCCAGCCGAUCGUACGCUUCCUCGUCGACAGCGGCGCCGCUUCGAUUCGCCACCGCUGUUCCCUCGACCACCACCCUGUACAAUGCGCGUCUGUUCUCGUCGUCGAUCGCACGUUCGCUCGCCACCCCACAGACCGGCCCCACACAAAUCGUGGACAGGGCACCACCAUCACCAGAGAUCACCAAGACGUCUACGUACGACGCAUCGCACGCACAGCACCAGCUCGAUGGCGAGCCCGUCUACCCGGACUACUCCAAGGGUCCCUCGGCGCUCGACAAGGCUGGUCAGCUGUUCUUCUUCACCGAGAUCCUGCGCGGCAUGUGGAUCGUGUUGGAAAACUUCUUCCGUCCACCUUACACCAUCAUGUACCCCUUUGAAAAGGGCCCGCUCAGCCCACGCUUCCGUGGCGAACACGCGUUGCGACGAUACCCCACCGGCGAGGAGCGCUGCAUCGCCUGUAAGCUGUGCGAGGCCAUCUGCCCUGCCCAGGCCAUCACCAUCGAAUCGGAACCGCGCGAGGACGGUGCGCGCAGGACCACGAGGUACGACAUCGACAUGACCAAGUGCAUCUACUGCGGUUUCUGCCAGGAGGCCUGCCCCGUCGAUGCGAUCGUCGAGACCCAGAAUACCGAGUACUCGACCGAGACGCGCGAGGAGCUGCUCUACAACAAGGAGAAGCUGCUCGCCAACGGUGACCGUGCCGAGGCCGAGAUUGCUGCCAACAUCUGGGCUGACCACCUUCAGCGUUAG